GUUCCUCCUAAGGCUCCUGAAAAGGUUCCUCCUAAGGCUCCUGAAAAGGUUCCUCCUAAGGCUCCUGAAAAGGUUCCUCCUAAGGCUCCUGAAAAGGUUGAAGAGGAAGAAAAGAAGACUAAAAAGAACAACAAAAAGCCAAAACCAACACAGAAUCAGAAUCGGUUUGGUGCUCUGGAUGAUGAUGAUGACGACGAUGCAGACAGUUUUGGCUCACUGCAAGGGUCUGGCGAUGAGGAAGGUGAAGAAAAAACACCAGCUGAGGAUCCAUUUGCCAAUCUAAGCAAGAAAGAGAAAAAGAAGAUGAAGAAGCAGAUGGAUUAUGAGAAACAGGUGGCAACAAUGAAAAAGGCAACUGCAGCAGAGAACGACUUCUCCGUUUCACAGGCAGAAUUGUCAUCCCGCCAAGCCAUGCUGGAGAAUGCCUCCGACAUCAAGUUGGAGAAGUUCAGUAUCUCUGCCCAUGGCAAGGAGCUGUUUGUGAAUGCUGACUUGUUUGUAGUUGCUGGUCGGCGCUACGGUUUGGUGGGACCUAAUGGCAAAGGAAAAACAACUCUGCUAAAGCACAUUGCCAACCGUGCCCUAAACAUUCCUCCCAACAUUGAUGUUCUUCUCUGUGAGCAAGAGGUUGUUGCUGAUGAAACGCCAGCUGUUCAAGCUGUCCUGAAGGCUGACACAAAGCGCCUGAAGUUGUUGGAGCAGGAAAAGAAGCUGCAAGCUCGCCUUGAGAAGGGAGAUGACAGUGCAGCAGAAAGGCUGGAGAAGGUCUACGAGGAAUUACGAGCCACGGGAGCCGCCUCAGCAGAAGCCAAAGCCCGCAGGAUCUUGGCCGGUCUGGGAUUUACUCCAGAGAUGCAGGAUCGAGAGACGCGGAGGUUCAGUGGAGGCUGGAGAAUGAGAGUGUCACUGGCCAGGGCUCUCUUCAUGGAACCAACACUCCUUAUGUUGGAUGAACCAACCAAUCACUUGGAUCUCAACGCUGUCAUCUGGCUUAACAAUUACCUGCAGGGCUGGAAGAAAACACUCCUCAUUGUCUCCCACGACCAGGGCUUCCUGGAUGACGUGUGUACGGACAUAAUGCACCUUGAUCAGCAGAAACUGUAUUAUUACCGGGGAAACUACAUGGCAUUUAAGAAGAUGUACCAGCAGAAACAGAAGGAGAUGCUGAAACAGUAUGAGAAGCAGGAAAAGAAACUGAAGGAUCUGAAGGCAGGAGGGAAAUCUUCCAAGCAAGCGGAGAAACAGACAAAGGAGGCUCUGACUAGGAAGCAGCAGAAGUGUCAGAAGAAAAAAGCUGAUGAUGAUUCCAAUGAACCAGCUGAGCUACUGAAGAGACCGAAGGAGUACACGGUGAAAUUCACCUUCCCGAAUCCUCCUCCACUAAGCCCUCCUAUCCUGGGCCUGCAUGGUGUUGAAUUUGGCUAUUCGGGACACAAGCUUUUGUUUAAAAAUCUGGAUUUUGGCAUAGACAUGGAUUCUAGAAUCUGUAUUGUGGGCCCGAAUGGUGUGGGAAAAAGUACUCUGCUGUUACUUCUAACUGGAAAACUCACACCUACAAAAGGAGAAAUGAGGAAGAAUCACAGAUUGAAAAUUGGGUUCUUUAAUCAGCAAUAUGCAGACCAGCUGAACAUGGAGGAGACGGCGACAGAAUAUCUUCAGCGUAACUUCAAUCUGCCUUACCAAGAUGCCCGGAAAUGCCUGGGAAGGUUCGGUUUGGAGAGCCAUGCUCACACCAUCCAGAUCUGCAAGUUGUCAGGAGGGCAGAAAGCACGAGUAGUGUUUGCAGAGUUGUGUUGCCGGGAGCCAGAUGUCCUCAUUUUGGAUGAGCCCACAAAUAACUUGGACAUUGAAUCCAUUGAUGCUUUGGCAGAAGCUGUGAAUGAAUACAAAGGAGCGGUAAUCACGGUCAGCCACGAUGCCCGUCUCAUCACAGAGACGAACUGCCAGCUGUGGGUGGUAGAGGAUCAGAGCGUGAACCAGAUAGAAGGAGACUUUGAUGACUACAAGCGGGAGGUCCUGGAGAGCUUGGGUGAGGUGAUCAUCACCAAGUCUAAAGACAAGGAGUGA